CUGUGAAGACCUUCGGCUUGCAAAAAAGAAAGUUUACCCAGACAGUUCGAACAAUUUAGAAAAAGGGGAUAAUACAAAAAUAGCCAAACUUAGAGUUGACUUUAUCACAAAAUGACUGUUUUUUUUCAAAAUUAACCACCUGCAAAAGCACCGAACAAAAUCCAUUUUCUAAUUUUUUCGAUUUUGUAGGCCCAAUUCGCAAAAAGGGGUUCAAAUCACCUUUUUCCGAAAUGGGCCCACUAACAGAAUAAAAUAUGCCAAAAAGCGAGUUUUUGCACAUGUUUUUUGCAAAACAGAUCAUUAUUUUGUGCUAAUUUGGAAAGAAUGGUCAUUUUAUAAUUGGAUCAACUCCAAUUUCAGCUACUUUUAUGAUUAUCCCUAAAAAAAUGCAAUCUUUUCACAGAAAUGAAGAAAAAAAAUGGCAGGCUAGAUGUUAGCAAGGAAUGGAGAGAAUGGUGUGCAAAGAGGGUUCAGAAACUGCAAAUUUUACCAGCUGACAAACUCCACAUGAAAGGGGCCAGACUCUAGACCCCAUCCACAUUACUUUGUCCACAUGGAUGUCCAGAUCUGACCACAUCCACACCCAAACUAUUCACAAAUAUAUACAUAUAAAAUCCCACAAAUUUCCCUCUUAAAUCUUGAAAAUUGCCACCUAUUUCACUUCCCACAUAAAAUAAUCCAACAAUGCCUCCAUAUAUUGCUUCAAAUUCCCAUUCUAACUAAGCUUCUACCAGUCUUUCCUUUAGGAACCAAAAAGAAGCAAAAUUUAAGUCUUCCUUUCUUUCUUCUAUCUUACCCUUUGGUUUUUGUGACAAUAUGAUUUAAACCCAUGAUUUUUUUGUCACAAAAGAAUAAGAACUUCCAGUUCUUAUUUCUGGGCUUUCUAUAAAGAAAAGAGAGAGAGAGAGAGAGAGAGAGAGAGAAAACUACUUGAUUCUGCACAUUCUAUUUGCAGCUUUACAGUUAAUAACUGACAAUUCUUGGUACAUUUGAACAAGAAAAGCAUCUUGUUUACUGUUCUUGUUUUGGUUUUUUUAUUUAAAAGAAGUUUUUCAUAAUCAAAUAUAAGAAAAAAACAGUGGUGGUCGUGGUGGAAAUGGCUACUAAGGUUGUACACACAAUAAGAGAAGAAAAACAAGAGAUACAGAAGCGGUUAGGAUGCAUGAAUGGAAUUUUUCAGUUGUUUGAUCGGCGUUACCUUCUUGGUCUACACCGCAAUGGCCAGAAUCAGAAGAAGCUAAGUUCAGGUCAAGGUGAAAAUGGUGAAAAGGAGUUCAAGAAUUCAUCAGAGAAAGCUAAGGAGAAAAAACCGAAGAAGGUGACGAUAGAAAAGAACCGAGCCUCCAUUGAAUCAUCAAGAAACUCCUUUUCCUCUUCUUGCUCAUCUACCACCUUCUCGUCUUUAGAUUGUAGUAAAAUGGUCCAAACCGAAUCGCAAUUUCCAUCUGAACCCACAUCCCCAAAUCUGCACAAAAAGCAACAAGAUUGGUCACUCGAUAUCAGGAAUGUGGUCAAAGAUUCGAUGACUAGAGAGAUCUGUGUGGCAUUAGCUAGAAAUGUGGCAAAAGAUGAACGAGCUGACUUUAUUAAGCACGUUGAUUCUCCAAGGCCUUUCAUACACCAAAAAUCCGUUCAAUAUAAUACAAACCAUAGAAAUCUUGCAAAAGUUGACGAAACUUCAUCAGGAGUGAAAAAAGUCAAGGAGACAUCACGGUUUUCUUGUGAUGAAAGGGAAUCUCGGUAUUCUUUGAAGUCAACUUCAAAAGUCAAAGAACUUCCAAGGUUAUCAUUAGAUAGUAAGCAAAAUUCUAACAAGAAUUCCAUGGAUAGCCCGAAGAUCUCCUCUAGCCAAACCCUGAACCAAUCCCAAAAGCCAGGAAGCAAUAAGAGACCAUCAUCAGGUGUUGUGGCUCGGUUGAUGGGUCUCGAGAAUUUAACCGACUCCAUUCAUGAAGUUGAGACCUUGAAGAUUAAACCCUCUUUGGAUGACGAAUCAGUUUCAAGUUCAAGAUGGUCAAGCAAAGUUGAGAUAGUUAAGGAGAAUUAUGUUUCAGCUUCGGUUUCUCCAAGGGUGCGUUUGGAACCAACGACACCUGAAAGGCGAUUUAGUAACGUUACUAUGAGAGGAGCAUCAGAACCAGUUUCGCGGAAGCAAGAAGUCGGUGAUCGAGGAUCCAGAAAACCACCAGUCAAUAAUAAGGAAGCUCCAGUGAUGGCGACAAAUGCGACCCUUUCUGUUUAUGGUGAGAUGGAGAAGAGGUUGAACGGAAUUGAGUUUAAAACAUCCGCCAAGAAUCUCAGAGCACUUAAGCAGAUACUCGAAGCAAUGCAGACGAACAACGAGCAAGCUCGGGAGAUCCAGAAAAGGGACCAACCGGUCUCACUAACAAUCAAGGGGACUAGCUCUCCGAGGGCCAUGAAACCAGAUUCUAUGAUGAUCACGGGGCUUGAUAACAUUAACCGUUUUGAUAGUAGGAAAGAUUUGUUUACUAGAAAACAGGGAAAAGAUCCAACUUCAAGGAAUCAAAAAGCAACAGGUAGGGCACCAAGUUCGUUGUCACCUUCAAAUUCACCAGAAUACUCGACUGCGGAGAGGCCCGUUUUGAGGUCAAAAGUGCCGAGGCCAAAGAAUGGCAUUCAGAAGCAAUGUUUUCACAGGCCAUCAUCUGAUUCGAGCAGAAUCAAGAAGCAAUCAAAUGUGCAGCCCAUUAUAUCAGACUUGAAGACCAGAAACCAAAAACCCAAACCCGUUAACCCAAUGCAAACCAAAGAGCAAUCAUGUAGGCAUAGUAUUGAAACAAGAAGCCCAAGCCAAGAUGGCGAUACGGUUUCCUUCAUAUCAGGAAGCAAUACUAGUUUGGCCUCUAAAAAUAAGCUGCAAGUCAUGAGAAAUGAUCAGCCAAAAGAAAAUCACAGGAGUAAUUUUGCCGAAAGAUUGAUGGAAGAUAAAGCAACGACUGAACUUGCCAAACUUACCAUGGAGCAACCCAGUCCUGUCUCAGUUCUUGAUGCAUUUUACACAGAAACCACACCAUCUCCAGUAAAGAAGAAACCCAAUCCUUUUGAUGAUAUGGAGAAUACUUGCAUGAUAUUUCUCAGUCACGUUAACAAACUGACAACUUUUUGCCCAUUUCUCGUUUCAGAUUUUGAGAAUUUACACUUUGAUGAAACGGAGAGAGAUCAAUCGGGAAUCUAUAACUUGGUGAACGAUACAGGCGCGGAUCACUACUCUGAGUUCAAUCAUGUAAAACUAGAAAGCAGAAAUCACCUCAUUCAUCAAAUUGAGUUAUUGACCUCCACGGAUGAUGAAACGACCGUCAAUGAAACUGUGGAAUCUCCAUGCGGAAUCACAAAUGGAGACCACAGAUACAUCAGUGAGAUACUAUUAGCCUCGGGUUUUCUAAAAGAUCUGGAUUCCGCCACCAGAAUAGUUCAGCUUCAUCCAACGGCCAGUUUGAUAAAACCCAACUUGUUUCAUCUUUUGGAGAAAACCAAAGGAUACACUGAGCUCUCAGAUGAUGGAUGCCACAGAAGGAACCCAAGAUCGAAAUCAAAUGAGAAAAUCAGAAGAUUAAUGAUAUUUGAUUCAGUGAAUGACAUUCUUUUCCACAAAUUAGCCAUGUUGGGCUCUUCUGGGCUGUGGACUCGAAAAAGAAGAGGGAGACUUCUGAAUGGAGAAAAGCUACAGAAAGAAUUAUGCUCAGAAAUCGAUCAUCUCCAAACUAGCUCAAAAAGAUGUCAAUAUGAUGAGGACGAUGAAGUAAAAGAUAUUGUCAGUGAAGAAGUGAAUAAAAACUCGGAAGAUUGGGACAAGUGCUGUUAUGAGGUUCCAGGUCUAGUUUUAGACAUAGAACGUCUAAUUUUCAAAGACUUGAUUGAUGAGGUUGUGAAUGCUGAGUUAGGGGUUGUUUACCAACACAAAUUGGGUAAGCGCUAACCAAGUAAGAGUCCCUCCCUUAGCAUACCAGGUCAGCAUCUCGGUCAACAUCAUGGACCGGCAAGAGGGGCUUGGUAGACAGCAGUAUCUCUGACUGGGUAAGCGCCUCUUACCCAGUAAGAGACAGUAAGCAGGUAGUAAACAGCCAUUUAGUCAAUUGUUCCCCGUGUAGAAUUUGAUUCGUGUUCUUCCCACCUCCCAUGGUCCUCUUUUCACAUUUCUUAUGUUGUUG